AUUUAAUGUGCUAAGCCCGAUAAGAAUCAUGGAAAAAGCUUUUGAAAUACAGAAAAAAGCCCGAGAUAAUGUUAAAGCUUUACAAACUUACAUGACAGACUUGCAGAAUUGGGAAGCCGAGAUGAAAAGAAAAGAGGCUGCUUUGAACGGUGAAUUCGAACAGGAUCUGCCUCCAGUCCGCAGCAAGAUCAAAAAGGAGAAGCCAGUGGUGCCGAAAAAGAAACCUGAGAAAAAAAUCCGAGGCUCAGACUAUACGGCAUGGGACAAGUAUGAUGUUGAUAAAGCUUGCGAGGAAGUAGACAUGGCAGACGUAGGACCCGUCUCCCUGGACAGCAAGAAGAGCCAGCAAGCCAAGCUGGAGAAACUCAAGGAAGAAGCCCAGUAUGAGAAGGAGAGGGGCAACACAUUUGUGAAGCAAGAGAAAUGGGACGAGGCAAUAGCGUGCUACAACCGAGCUAUAGACCUCGUGAAGGAUGAUGCUAUCUACUUCGCUAAUAGAGGCCUGUGCCAUCUUAAGAAGGAUAGUCUCCACCAAGCUGAAUCAGACUGCACAGAAGCUCUCCGCUUAGACCCAACGUACGUCAAAGCCCUACAGCGCCGGGCCACCGCCAGGGAACGGCUCGGGUCACUCCGGUCUGCAUCUCAUGAUCUCAAUGAAGUGCUCAAGUUGGAACCACAUAAUACGGCUGCUAGGAAACAGUUGGAUGCUAUUAAAAUGAGAAUGGGGACUAAAGGGGCCAAAUCAAAAUCAUCGCCCACCACAACGCCCACCGCGGAAAGCAAGCCGCUCUUCAAGUCUAAGCCGCAGCCAAAGAUAGUAGAAUUGCCUCCGGAACCCGUCACUCCUGCAGCUGAUGAUUGGAGGAAAGGCGUCGGAGAAAACAUCAUGGUCAUCAAACCUGUGAAGAAACCACCACAUUUGAGAUCUAAGAGAGCACUGAAAUCAAUACCGAUUCAAGAAGUAUUACUCGGUGAAAAAACUCCAGAGAAACCGCCGACUCGUCUCAAAAUCAUCGAGAUUGAAGACAACAUGGCUCUCGGAGAUUCCAACAAUAAUGACUCUAACAAAAUUGAUGAAACUCCCGCGCAAAGAGUAGAUACCAAAGGAGGAGGUGACAAAGUAAUUGCUAGUCCAGAAUCGAUGAAACUCAUCACCGAUACGAUAGUUACGGAGAAGGAAAAGAGGAACUUCGUGCCGCCAGUCAAUAGUGUUCAAUUUAUGUCUGAAUGGAAAUAUUUGAAGGAUCAGUGGGAUGCUAAAUGUCAAUAUUGGAGUCUAAUAGAACCAUCAAAGAUCCCAUCCAUAUUCGCGAACGCUCUAGAAAGUUCCAUCCUAUCUGACGUGAUACACAUGCUGGAGGCGUUCCCGGCGCAGUUCAGCGGCAAGCUGACGGCGUACUUGCUGGCUCUGACGACCGUGCAGAGAUUCUCGGCACUAGCUAUGUUCCUCUCGCAUACUGAUAAACAGAAGUUAAUGAAGGUGUUAGAAUACUGCAAGACAUCUGAGAACACGACUGACGAGGUGAUCGCCGAUCUGAAGAACAAAUAUGAGCUCUAAACACAUCAUUAUUAUAGUUGAUUAGUCGUAAUUACCAAUAUUAUACGAUACUUACAGAUUUAAACAUACUGCGCUUGAGAAAUUACUUAUAAUGUAGAUUUCUGUUUGAUUUUUAAGUUACUGUUAUCGCGUCACACAAAAUUAGUUCUAUGUAUCUAUAAUUUACUCAAAACUAUGUGUAUUAAAAUGCAUUUACCUACAAAAAUAUUUAAGAUAAUUUUUAUUAAGUUUGUGUGUUGGGUUUGGGACGGGAACAUUCUUCGUAACUAUUGAACAAUUUAAAAAUAAACCUUAUCAUAAAACGUAUAUAAAAUACCAAAAACCUUAUUAAAAUAUAUAUAAUUUCUCAAGCGCAUUCACGGCGCAUAGGCCAGGUGCUAGAAACAAGUGGAGUAGUUAUUAAGAACACACAAUUUAUUAUUAAUGUAAUUAUAUAGUCAUUUCCUUCAAUAUUUCUCAAAAUCUUUACUGUAACAAUAUUAUCAAAUUUUGUAUUACACAAAAGAAACUUAAUUCGAUGACUUAGUAAAUAAUUCUUUGAUUUUAUGAGCUACAGAUUUAUAAAAAAUGUGUAAUCGUAAUUUCGGCGUUUGCUCAAAAUCUUUGUUAAUAAAUGAUUAUCUCUUGAUAAUUUGUUUUUCUUUUAUUCUUUGUUAUUUUCAAUGAGUGCAAUUUUUGUAAUUAAACACUUAAAAUUUUUCGAGGCAUACACACGAAACAUACUUUGUCUUUUUUAAUACCUACUCAUAAAAUCCUAGUUGAAGUUAAGUAGAUUUUUGUCACUUCAUAUCUACCUAAUAAUAAUAGUACCACAAUCAAUUAACUUAAAGCUUCAAACUUGCAAGAGUAGUAUAAUUAUAUUUACGCAAGAAAAAUAAUAUUAAGUUGUUAUGAACUAAUUUUAUCCACUUAUUUCUAGUAUCAAUAACUUAAGUCACGUAACUUUUAACUAGGUACAGAAAUUGGUAACUUUCGAAAAAUUAUAGAAAUUACGAAGUUUUUUCUUAGUAGUUAUUCUAUUUUUACCAAGUUCUGAAAGUUGCGUGUUAUUUUAGAGGGUCAGUGGCCUAAGCCCCCAUUGGUCGAAGCAGCUAUGGCCGAAGCCCCCGAUUCGGUUAAUUAAAUGCAAUUUUCGGGGGCGUCAGCUACAGAUGCUUCGACGAGUGGGGGCCUAGGCCACUGACCCAUUUUAGAUUGUUUAUUUGUUCAAGUCACUAUUGUGAUGGAAUGAGUUUUUUUUUGUAAUUAUGGUGCGAAGGAGCGUUUGAGUUCUGUGAUUGAUUUUAAGCCCCAAUAAAGAUUAUGAAUUUAUA